CUGGGAUUUUUUUGAAUUUCAGCUAUGUCUGAUGCCUUUAUUGUGCGUCCUUAUUGAAUGUGAAAAAUCAGUUUGUUACUAUCUUGAUUCAUGAAUAACAUGUUGUUAUAUCGCCUUUGAAGUGAUCAAUUAUAUGUCUUUUUUUCGUGUGCUUUUCAUCCUUGAUUGAUGAGUCAUUUAAGUUAUGAGCGUGUACUGUGUUUGAUGUCACAUUUUCAGAAUUGAUAUAUUCUCAUUCAGCAAAUAUGAAAUUCUUUUCUUAUCAUUUAUUUAUGUUUCCUCUUCUCCUUCUCACGUCCCUGUUGUGUAGUUGUGCAAAUGGUAUUUUCAAUUUUAAUGUAAGAAAUUUGUUUAAAAGGAUGACAAGAAAAUGGCUGCCCUAUUCUUGUGUUAUAGACACUUGGCUGAUUGUUCCUUGGGGAUAAUGCAAAGCUGAAUGGGCAACUCAUGUAUUUUGAAGGAAACAAAUGUUCAGUUUGUUCUAAUGAUAUUACUAGCAGCUAGCUUAAGCCUUGAUAAUAAUAAAUAAGAAUCUGGCUUUUUUAUAUUUAACUAAAAAUAUGUGCGGUGUCUUCUGCAUUCAUCUCUGACAUAUGCGGUGCUUGUGUGGAUUUCCAAUAUUAACAUGUUGAAAACUUAAUUUCCUUUCUCUUUUUAUGUUCUUGCUUUUACCAAUUUGCCUGUAAGCUAUAUUCGAUCAACAUGGUUGAGGUUUUCGUCAAUUAAAGCAAACCUAGCUUUAAGGAAGCUAUCAUUAAGAGAAUCUUUUUUGAACGCCUCUGGUCACCGCUGGACAUUGUUUUGCGCAUUUCCUUCCAAAUAUAUCGUGGUUUUUUUACUUUUCAAUGGAGAUGCUUGUUUUCAAAUAUAUGUUAGUUUUGGGGAUGCCUUCAUAGUCGUCUUGUAUGACAAAUUCAAGGUUUGAUUUAGACUUUAUACCGGAUUGUACCAGUGGCAUACUUAUGGACUUGGUCCAGCUUGACUGCUGAUUUAUGAUUAUUGUUCUCUGAAACUUCUUUUUUUAAUUGAAUGACAAUGCAUGAUAUGGCCAGAUUUAUAAGUUUUUAGCAAGUGCUAUUUGUUGGUUUUGUGAUGUUAGGUUGGCCUAGGGAUCUUCUAAUAUUUUAUCAAGCUGAUGUAUCGUGUAGUCCGGUUCCAUUUUGUUGUGACUUCACUGCAUGUGAACUCCUAAGUUGUGACCUUUUCAAUCUUCUUGUUUGGACAUUAUAUAAUAUGAAUCUUAUUAUUUCAACUUUUAUUCCUUGUUUACGACACAAGCUUUUGCGAAUGAGCAAUUACUCAGUGAAUGGUAGUAUCAAUAUAACAAAGUCCAGAGAGAACGUGGUUUCGAUGUGUUUAUUUUUCAUUUGCUUGGACGAGUUGUUUGAUUGGAACUGGUUUGGGGCUGAGUUUCUUUUACUACUUGCGCUGCAAUACAAACUAGUGUAAACAGAAUAAAUUUAGAUGUCUUGAUAUCCAGAAACUAGAAUAGGAACAGAUGCUUGAUGAUUUUAUAAGUAAAUAGAAGUUCGGUGGAGCAUAACGCUUGUGAAAAUAGAGACCCAUUGUGACAUACGUUGCUUGUUGCCAGAGGUUUUGCAGCGACCAAUUUCUUGACUUGUAAGGCAUUUGCUCAAACGGAUAGACAAGUUUCGACACCAGGCCCUAUGUGGGUCUUGAUUUUCCUGUGGCUUGGUCCACAUAUUGUGUCAUAGGUGGUUCGAGGAGUCUGAAUUACUUUACUUAAAUACGAAGCUGCAUCUGGUUCUGGUGUUAAAGCUGGGCAGGGGCCAACUCGUACUCGUACCAUAAAUAAAUGAUUCAUAAAUGAUUCCCCUGUUAAGGCAAGUCUCUGGAAUGGCUUUGGCCUUUGUGAGUUGUGGCCCAAUUGGUGUUUUAUCUUUGCUUAUUUAGUAUUUAUUUUCUAGCAAGGUAAAAACUAAAAACACGCAUGAUGGUAGAAUUGAGAAUAGAACUGAAGACCAUGAUUGGAGAUAGUCGUGGUGAAGGCCCGUAGAAUAGGUUAUUGUAGGACAGGACCCCUCCACUUCAGCCUAGAGUGUCUUUUCUCUUUUAACUUUUCAAUGACUUGAUUUUCUGUAAGGAUACUCGGCUUUGGUUGUGCGGAGGCCCGAUGAUCUACAAUCGUGUUUUUUGUCCUCUGGAAUCUUGUCAAAGUAAAACCAACAAAUCCACAAUACAACUCAUCCUUUUAUCAGUAUUUAAGAAUGGUCGGUUGUGAUGUCUCAUGUAGAAAAAGAUGAAAUUUAAUCAAUUCUCUGCAAUGUCAAGCUUUGUGAGUUAUUGAGUGGUGACGAGACUAAGUUUCUUGACCUACAUCCCCAUGGUGGCGAUAGGGCUAUGUAUUUUGUCCCACAUUUCAAAAUGCUUAGUGCAUGUGCUGGUAAUGACUAUUGAGCUUAAGAAGACAAAGUUGUGCGGGUUAGUAUGAGCUGACUCAAAGUGGACAAUGUGUAACUAGUGGAGGAGUGAACUCACUUGCAGAGAGAGGGAGUAAUAGACUGAAAUGUAGACCGAUCAAAAUUAAAUAAGAUGGAGGAGCAUGUGAUGUAUUUAAUCUUUAUCAAUCCACAUCUGCAAGGCGAACUUCAUUCGCGGAUCAAUGGUCCUACAACCCCCAUUGCUUUCUUUGACAGAUUAGAAAAAGAGAAAAGGAAGCACCAAAAGAAAAGGCAAAGGCAUCAAUGAAAUGAUAAAAUAGAAAAGAAGAAGAAGCAGAACAAGAAGAUAUGGAGGAGGAGGAGGAGGUGAUGAUGAUGAUGAUCAGUACUACUAGUAGUAGCUCUGAGAAUCCCACUUUCCCAACCUGGAAAUUGUACGAGAAUCCAUUUUAUUAUUCACAACCUCAUCACCAUCAUCAUCAUAAAUUGAAGCAUCAAUAUCAUUGUCAAGAAACUGGGUCUUCUUUGUGGGAUCCGACUCUCUUCAAGCCUGUAAUGGAGACAUCUGAGGUUGACAUAUCUCGAGCACAGAUCCUGGAAUUGAAGGCAAAGCUUGAAUAUGAAAGAAAAGCACGUAAAAAAUUGGAGUCUUUGAACAAAAGACUGGCUAAAGAUCUUAUAGAGGAGAGAAGAGCAAGAGAAGCAUUGGAGAAAGUAUGUCAAGAGCUUGCCAGAGAAAUUACAUCAGAUAAAGCAGAGAUUGAUUGCAUGAAGAGGGAAAUUGAGGAAGAAAGAAAGAUGUUAAGAGUGGCUGAAGUGUUGAGAGAAGAGAGAGUUCAAAUGAAGCUUUCAGAGGCCAAGGUUUUCUUGGAAGAGAAAAUACAAGAAUUGGAGAUUUCCAAACAACGGAGAGAACUUGAUACUUUCAAUUCCAAACUUGAGCAGAUGAAUGAAGAAGAAGAUUUUAAGGUUCCAGGAAAGUUUAAGAGGUUUGUUUUAGCUGAAAACUAUUGUGUUGAUGAUCUUAGCAGUGCCAAAGCAUCAAAACUUGUUCAAAGCAAAGCAUCACCAGAAACAGAGAAGAUGAAUCAAGGAAUAGACAACAGAGUGCCUAGAACUGCAAUUCCUGCUAAUAGUCUUCCAGGAAAUCUCGCAAGGUUAGUUUUAGCUGAAAAAUCAUAUGAUAACAUUAGCAGUAGCGUUGCGUUAUCUGCAGCAAUUCAGAGAAGAGCAUCACCAGAACCAGAGAAUCCUCACAUAAAGAGAGGGAUUAAAGGGUUUGUUGAAUUUCCUAGAGUGGUUAGAGCAAUUGGAUCAAAGACUAGUAGUAGUAGUAGACAUUGGGGCUCAAAGCUGGAGUGUCAAAAGGCUCAAUUGAGGAUUCUACUCAAACAAAAAAGACCCACUAGAUCCAACAACCUGAUCAUUGGGUGAAGAAUUCACUUGGUCUAGUAUCUACUUCUCUUUUGAUGAUUAAUUUGGCUUUGAUUUGUUGUCAUUGUUCAUUUUUUUUGGCUGAAAUUUUGUUGGUUAUAUUAAGUAUCCUUGUAAGAGUAAAUAGGUUUGUGGGUUACUGUGUUUUUUUUUGUUUUGUAAUUGUUGAAAGUGUGAUGAUUAAGAUUUAUACUGAGCUUGGUUUUCAAUAGUAUUGUCUCGAAUUCUUGAUGGAUGUUGUAGGCUUUCAAAUCAUGAAAAGAAAGAUAGAGAAAGUGUUGUUUUGGA